CUUGGGAGCCAAUCCGAGGGGAGGGAAGUGGGGUUUGUUGCCAUGGCGACAGCAGCCGGGCCUAGGCAUGGCGGCGCGGGACCUGAGCCGGGGGCUGGAGAGCCUACCCGUGUCGGUGUGGCCGCCGUGCGAGGAACCCCCGGCCUUCCAGUAUAGCCCAGAGCACGUGGCAGGAGCAGGAGAAGACACUGAUCCUUCUGAAAUCACUUUUCCAGGAUGUAAUUGUCUUACUGCUUCCUGCGUGGCCAAUACUUGUUCAUGUCUUCGCCAUGGUGAAAACUAUAACAGUUCAUGCAUCAAAUACAUAGGAAGUGAAGUGGACUAUACUAGGCCUAUUUUUGAAUGCAAUGCCAUGUGCCGUUGUGGUGAGUUCUGUCAAAACAGGGUUAUUCAGAGGGGUUUACAAUUCAGACUUGAGGUGUUCAAGACUGUUAAGAAGGGUUGGGGUCUCCGCACACUGGAGUUCAUACCUAAAGGAAGAUUUGUGUGUGAAUAUGCUGGUGAAGUUCUCUGCUUCCGUGAGGCAUGUAGAAGAAUACAGGCACAGACACCAGAGGAUUCAAACUAUAUUAUAGCUGUGAGGGAACACGUGUAUGAUGGACAGAUAAUAGAGACAUUUGUUGAUCCUAUGAAUAUAGGAAAUGUAGGCAGGUUCCUGAACCAUUCUUGUGAGCCAAAUUUAUUUAUGGUUCCUGUCCGAAUUGACUCUCUGGUGCCCAAACUGGCACUUUUUGCUGCUGCUGCUAUCUCUGCUGGAGAAGAACUUUCAUAUGAUUAUUCUGGAAGAUUUCUUAACGUACCGCUAAUCAAAAGAGAGCAGGAAAUGUUGGAGGACGAUGAUGUAAUGAAAAAACCCUGUUACUGUGGUGCUAAAUCAUGUGUUGGUUUUUUACCGUAUGAUAGCUCUCUGUGCUAUACACCGGGCAAACAAACUUUUAGCAAAGUUUCUCAAGGAAACAGCUGUGCAUAGGGAUUCAAAAAGAUUGACAGCACUGAAUAUAGCAUCUAUUGUCAGCUGUGCCUAGACAAAAAUGGAAUGAGAUUCCUUUGCCACACCACCCAAAAAAAUAACCACAGCUCCCCCUCCCCACAUAUACACACACCAACAGCUACAGCAAGGGUAGAAGUGUAACGGCAAGAUGUGGGAGGGGGAAAUGGGAAAUGCCACUCCACUUAGCUUCAAGUGAAAGGUUAAAUGACUAAUCAGGACUACAGGCAAAGUGUAGGAAGUAAUUGUUAUGUACACUAUAAUCUUAGGCAGUUAGAGGCAUUUAGCCUUCAUCUGUACAUUUCCCAGUAUGCCCAGGACACAGUGAACCCAUAACCUUACAUCUCAGUAAGGGUUAAUACUCAACACAUAGGUGAAGGAGAAGUCAAAGCAGAGGCACUGAUGGUGCAAAAUAAACAGAAGCUAAGGCAGGUGUAAAGUGCUGCAGAUGAGUAUGUUAGAUAGCAUAUGCAAAAGGGAAAAAUGCUGUUUUUAAGAGAGGAGAUUGCAAUCUGGCUUACUGCUCUGACUGUUAGAGCCAGCCUUGGACAAAAACCAAGACAGAGUUCCUGACAAUAUCCUCAAAUAACACGCUGAACAAUCUCCUGUACUCUCAACUUGAUUCCAGGUUGAUGAUGCAAGAGAUAGCUAAACGGGUGACCUGCUGCCACAGCUGACCUUUUCCUGUUAAAACAAGAAAGCUUAUGAUAAAUUGCCACAGCUGAAGGUUUUGAUAUAAAGCCUGUUUUAAUGGACAGUGAGGUACAUAGAAACAGAUUAAAUUAGAAUGGUAGGUGCAGAAAAGGGGGAAUUUGGGGAGAUGGAUUUUUUUCCUUAUCUAACUCACUUGAGAACUAAAGCUUGAAAAAAAAUCAAGGUGACAGGUGCAAAUUAACAGUGGCAUUUACAAAGGUGGCACCCGUUUUUGUUUUUUUAAACUGUGUGCCCUUAAAAGCUCUUUCAAACUAAAACUAUUUAAAACAUGAAUUGCCUUGCCUGGUCUGGAGCCUGUUUGAAAAUUAGGAGUCACUUAUAGCUACAGCUAAGCCCCUCCUAUUUCAUGACCAACUUUUACAGAAAAACAUUAAGUAAAAUGCAUUCCCUCCUCCCCAUCUUUUGCCAGCUCUUCCUACUCACCCCUCUUGACUGUAACUGGCUAGGAAGAUAAUUCUGUUCCAUGAACACUUGCUGUUGCAUUUUCUCCUCUGUUCCCUGAAAUGGACUCUGUAGCCCAGGCCUUCUCUGUGAUCAUUCAAAUUUUUUUUUCUGAACUGGCUCCAUCUCAAGGCAUAGGCUCGGUUAGCCACAAGAGGGCACCAAUGUAGAUGUAUAGUCAUUCCUUCGAAAUAGCAUGCAUCACCUCAGUGAUGCUUCCAACUCAUGUUGGCAAAAUAAUGGAGGGAGUGGGCAGAAAAUCCAAAUUCCACUCUGUGGAGGAGCACAAUACACUACCUGUGUGUCUGGCAAAACAGACGGAAGUGGUAGGUGCUAAUAUACAACACCUUUACGAACAAGCAUCUGUUUCUGCACUGUUCAACAGAUGGUAGAGAGAAGACGGGGUUUUGUUUUGUGUAAUAUUAGUCUUUUCAAGCAUUUUUUAUGCAGUCAGAUGUUUUAUUGUUAGCCUCUUUUUUCCUCUCAAACCAAAUUGGUUUCUACUUCUGGUUACAGGGAACAGGGAAGCAGAGUUUUGCCAUUGCAGAUAGGAGGGAUAGUGGUGCUUAAAAGAUAAAUAAAGUAAUCACUACACUUUACAACUAAAAAAUACAAAAUGUUUAGCAGUACGAGUUAAGAAAGUUGCUAGUUUUAGGCCAGUUGUUGUGAACAAGUGACUGUCACAAAACUAUCCACUAGCGCUGUUACUGAUUUUCAUUAGUCCAUAACCAUCUGAUGGUGUCAGAGUACCUCCUCCCUUUCACCCUUAAAAAUGAUUGCGUCUGCUAGCAGUGUAUGGUGGAGGUCUACAUAAGAGAAACUUCCUAUUUGUUGCUGAACUGAAUAAGCAAAGGGCUGCAAGGGUGGCAACCAACUCACCUAUCUCCCUUAAGAGAUGAAAUGCAGAAUCACUUAGCACUUCAUUUUUCUUUGGGGGCAGAGGGAAUCUUAUUGUAAGCAAGCAGGAUAUUUCAAUUGAAUUUCUAUCAUAUCUAUUUCUUUAAUUUUGAGAUUAAUAUUUUUAUGCAUGAGGCAUCUGCACAAAACCACCCUUUCCCCUACCUAAAACUGAUCUUAACUGGACAUUCCAGAUAAAAGGGUUGAAAAUGUAGAACAUGGAAGAUGUUUUAGAGCCCAGGAAAAGACCAUACUUUGUUCUUCUCGGCAGUUAGGCCCCAAUCAGGGCAGAGCUACUCACAGACCCUAGUUUAGAAAAGGAAAAGGGUCUCUUGCUCCUUUCCUGUAAUUCCAUACAGUCUUUGGCUGUAGCAUGCUUUAAAUACAGUCUGUUUCAGUUGGGCUAGUUUAAAGAUUUAGUGUUCCCCUACACUAUCUUCUACCCCCGUUUCCAGUGUCUCCCCCCUAAGAUUUACUACUGGGAAACAGACACUGCCUUGGCAGUAAAAUUUGAAAGGCAAGUAGAUUCAUCUAUGCACUGCUUAGUUCUGGCUGCUGGACUAGCUUACUGUUAAUGUUUUGUUGUGCUGUUGAGUGGUGAGGUGGUACAACAUAUAUUAAUCAAAGUCAAUUUUUGAGACCAGGAUGGAUAGAUCAGUUGCCAGUGGAUCAAAUUUAAUUAUACUGUUUAAAAAAAAUCUAAACCUGCAUUUUACAACACAGAAAGAUCCAUUCUGUCAUAAAAGUUAUUUCAAUGUAUGCUUUCUGUAAUACAGUAUGUACUCUGUGGCUCACUUACUGUAUUGUUCAACUUACUGAGUAGCUCAUGUUAUAAUGCACUGUACAGUGUGUUUAUUAAAUAUACAAAGUGUUCAAAACUU